UUCUGAAGAUAGAGCAUGGAUCAGCACCGACUGUCCGAGACCCAACUUCAAACCUGGGAGCUCUGUAUAAAAUUGCCAAGCUCUUUCGGGGUGAAGAAAAGACUGAAGAUGAAGCUUGCUGUGUUUGUUUCCCUGCUGGUGGUUGUAACAGCCCAGGCGGUAUCUGCUUCAUGCAUUGGUAAAACCGUGGACGUGUGGGUGGCAAACGGCCAUGGUCUCACAGGGGAUGGACUUCAAGACCCAGAUCCCUAUGUUCUGGUGACAAUCGGCGACGAGACCCAAAAAACCAAAGUCAUUCAUUCAAAUGCCAACCCAGGCUGGUGGCAGAAGUUCCAGUUUAACAGUGUCUCCAGUGACAUGAUGAAAAUGGACGUUUGGGAGGCUGACUCUGGACUUCGCGGGGAUGACGACCACCUGGGAACCUGCAUGGAGCCACUGAGAUCUGAUGGUGUCGGCUAUCACACUGUACAGUGCGUUUUGGUGGAUAGCGGUGGCUUUGUCAAAGUCUUUUACAAGUGUCACUAAGUGUAACCUGCUAAUGAGAAUAUAAGAGUAUGAUGUGAAAUGAAGAAAAGACACUUUGUCUUUGAAGUAUUUGGAAAAAAUAAAAAAAAUCGUGCACACUGA